AUGUUUCGGCAAGCGACAUCGAGCCUCCGAAGCUCAGUCUCGAGAGCUGCCGGGAUAAGGGUAGUGCCGCCAAUUGCGCGCGGCCGAGGAAAUACCAAUAGCCACCAGUUCUUCUCGCAGCUACGCCCCAGACCCCAUCGCAACAAUGCAAGGGCGCCACAUGCAAGCCUCGUGCCGGGCCCUGGACCCCGUCAAGACGGAUCGAAGAACAACAACAAUAUGCUGGCCAGCAGGGCGACCGCCACCAUCAUCGUCAUCCUGGUGACGCUCUUCGUCGACAUCAAGAAAGCCGGCGAGAGGUUGGGGAGGAAGCCCGGGUCCGACAUCAAAGACCUGGAUGCCGAGACGCAGCACGGCGUCGAGAUGGUCAACGUCAUCUUCGAGACCGUCGGCAUGCUGGUCCGCGACGAGACCGCCGAGACGCUGUCCACCUUCUGGGCCGUCGGCCGCGCCGUGCUCGGCGACUUCUUCGCCGCCGGCAGCGAGGUCGCGGAGCACGGCUCCGUCCCCCUGCCGGAGUCGGCCGACAGCCCCGAGGCGCAGAUCUUCUCCGUGCCGGAUUCCUACGACCCGGAAAAGCGGUUCGUGGUGUACCAGGCCUUCGUCCGCGUCGAUGACCGGGACCGUGAGGGGGCCGGCGGCCGGGUUGAUGACGGAUUGAAACCGGGCGUCGAGCACCGCCUGAUGGACGAUUUUGAGGCGCGACGGGCGGAGCUGGGGACCAACCGCGGGCUCGUCGUCUGCGUGUUCGGCAAGGGGGCCAUCCAGACCUUCUACUUCGAUGGCCACCGGUGGAUUGAGUGCAUGAUCUACGAGAUCUCGCACAACAGCAAGAGAGACGUUGCCAUUGCGGCCGAAAGCGACAUGUCUAUGAUGCCGGGGGAGGGUGACUACUGA